AUGGUUGUCGCGGGUGGAUCACCGAGUGAAGGUAAGCAGACUGGAAGUGGGGCCAUACACCGCGAUGUCGCCGAGGCCAUUGUGAUGGUGCACAGUGACUCUCCCCUUGUUGCUAUUGAGGGGUUGGCGAAACUCGCACAUGUCACAUUCAACGAUCUGAUGGGCAAAGAAGUGGCAGGCGAAGCUGGAGCGAUCGAGGCUAUUGUCGAUGCCAUGGAGCGCAAUAUUGCGAAUGGAACUGUGCAGGAAGACGGCUGCCACGCCCUGCGUAAUGUCGCAUUCCAUUGCUUGCCAAAUCUAGUGCGAGUUCGCGAACAAGGUGCAAUUGCCGCUGUGCUCAAGGCAAUGGAGACACAUCUGGAGAACGUGGCUGUACAAGCCGAAGGCUGCUGGGCGCUGCUGGUCUUUUGCUCCAAUACGGAGGAAAAUGUGGUCGUAGCUAAGUCACAGGUGGCGCUGGUCCACAAGGCCAUUGCGACGUACCCGACGAACGCCGAUAUCCAGAGCCGAGGUCGUUUCCUCAAGGCGCUUUUUGCGUGA